GCCCCGCCCUCCCAGCGUCCCGGCCGGCACAGAAACUGGGACCGUUCGGGCUGGGGUCGGGUUGGAGGUUGGUGGCGUCUCGGUCGUUGCCCGAGCCCGCCGAGCCCGCCGAGCCCGCCGAGCCCGCCGCGUCUCCAGCUCUGGGAAGAGCCCUUCCGGCGAAGGCGGGGCGAUGCCGCGGAACCGGCAGCCGAGGGUCCGGUCCGGGAACGAGCCUCGUCCCGCGCCCGCCAUGGAGCCGGAGGGGCGCGGGGCCUGGGCCCACAGCCGCGCCGCGUUCGACCGGUUGGAGAAGCUGCUGCGCUGCUCGCGUUGCACUAAUAUUCUGAGGGAGCCUGUGUGUUUAGGGGGAUGUGAGCACAUCUUCUGUAGUAAUUGUGUAAGUGACUGCAUUGGAACCGGAUGUCCAGUGUGUUACACCCCAGCCUGGAUACAAGAUGUGAAGAUAAAUAGACAGUUGGACAGCAUGAUCCAGCUUUGUAGUAAGCUCCGGAAUUUGCUGCAUGACAAUAAGCUAUCAGAUUUGAAAGAAGACACAUCUAGGCAAAAUGUAUUCAAUGAUGCAGAAAAUAAGAAGAAUUCAAUAAAAAUGUGGUUUAGUCCUCGAAGUAAGAAGGUCAGAUAUGUUGUGACUAAAGUUUCAGUGCAAACCCAGCCUCAAGUGAUAGAUGAUGGGAACGCUCAGCAGGCCUCAGUGUACAAAUUUGUCUCUACAAGUCCUCCAACCAGUGUUCCUGAGAGGGCUAAAAAGGCUUCCACGAGGUCCGGAAAAAAACAAAAAAAGAAAACUUUAGCUGAAAUCAACCAAGAAUGGAAUUUCGAGGCAGAAAAAGAAGAUGGUGAACCUGACUCCAAAGAGGAAUUUAAGGAAAAGCUGGUGUCUUUCUGUAGCCAGCCAUCUGUUAUCGCUAGUCCUCAGACAAAUGGUGACAUAGACUUACUAGCAAGUGACUCUGUAACCGAAUCGGAGUGUUCUAGAAGCUUAACUGAAGUCUCUUUACCAUUGGCUGAGCAAAUAGAGUCUCCAGAAACAGAGAGCAGGAAUGAAGACGCGACUCCCGAGAAGAAUGCUUGUGUGAAUCAUCUUACAUCUAAGCAGCCCUUGCCAUCAGGUCAUAAUGGGCGACCUGGACGUCGCAGCAGACGGUCCAGUCCCAUUUCUAAGAGAUGCAGAAGCAGCAUUCCUGGCACGAGUGGGCAGCAAAUGCUGCUUUCAGAAAACAAACCACUGCUUGGCUGCUCUUCACCACCUCCAAGCAAACGUAAAGUUGGUGAUACAUUAAGGAGGAAAAACAGUAAUAUAUCAGACGAAUCCAUGAGCCUUUCACCAGGUACACCACCUUCUACACUGAAUAGUCCAAGUUACAGACGGAUGAUGUUCAGCCCUUCAGCAAUGAAGCUGUCUCCCGGUAGCCUUACAGCUGUGAAAAGAAAUCAUAGAGGAGAGACUUUGCUUCAUAUUGCUUCAAUUAAGGGCGACCUACCUUCUGUGGAAUACCUCUUACAAAAUGGAAGUGACCCAAAUGUUAAAGACCAUGCUGGAUGGACACCAUUGCACGAAGCCUGCAACCAUGGGCACCUGAAGGUGGUGGAAUUGUUGCUACAGCACAAGGCGUUGGUGAACUCCACUGGGUAUCAGAAUGAUUCACCACUUCAUGACGCUGCCAAGAAUGGGCACAUGGAUAUAGUCAAGCUCUUACUUUCUUACGGAGCCUCCAGGAACGCCGUUAACAUAUUUGGUUUGCGGCCUGUGGAUUAUGCAGACGGUGAAAAUAUGAAGUCACUAUUGCUGCUACCAGAGGAGAAUGAAUCAUCAUCAACUCGCCAUUGCUCAGUAACAAACACUGGUCAGCGUAGGGAUGGACCUCUCGUGCUUAUAGGCAGUGGGCUUUCUUCAGAACAGCAAAAAAUGCUCAGUGAGCUUGCAGUGAUUCUUAAGGCUAAAAAAUGUGCUGAAUUCGACAGUACAGUAACUCAUGUCAUUGUUCCUGGAGAUACAGUUCAAAGUACCCUAAAAUGUAUGCUUGGGAUUCUCAAUGGAUGUUGGAUCUUAAAAUUUGAAUGGGUGAAAGCAUGUCUACAAAGAAAAGCAUGUGAACAGGAGGAAAAGUAUGAGAUUCCUGAAGGACCACAGCGAAGCAGGCUCAACAAAGAACAGCUGUUGCCAAAGCUGUUUGAUGGCUGCUACUUCUAUUUUGGGGGAGCCUUCAAACACCAUCCAAAGGACAACCUUGUUAAGCUUGUCACUGCAGCUGGGGGCCAGGUUCUCAGUAGAAAGCCCAAGCCGGACAGCGACGUGACUCAGACCAUCAAUACUGUCGCGUACCAUGCGAAAGCUGACUCCGAUCAGCGCUUCUGCACGCAGUAUAUCAUCUAUGAGGAUCUGUCUAACCAUCGCCCAGAGAGGGUGCGGCAGGGCAAAGUCUGGAUGGCUCCUUCCAGCUGGUUUAUAGAUUGUGUGAUGUCCUUUGAGUUGCUCCCUCUUGACAGCUAAAUAUAGCAUCAGAUUAAUGUUUCAAAUUGAACUUACAGUGUGAGAACCAGCCAUUGCACUGUUUUCAUCAUAAACAUGUUUACAAAUAGGUAGACUCAUUCAUACAUGUUUUUUCCUCGAAUUAAAAAAGAAAAAAAAAACUUAGGCCAGAUUAGGAAUUCAUUCUGUGUUUGCCAUUUAGAUGCUGAGAUUGCUUUGAAGGAUGUUUCUUUUUAAAACUGGUGUAUGUUUUGAUUCAUCAUGUCUUUUUAUUCAGAUUAUCAGCUAUUAAAGAUUAAGGAGAGAGUUUCAGAACUAUGGGUUAAAUAUACAGGUAGUAUCAUUAUCAUCUCAGCCUUUUAAUGUUCUUUGAUGAAAAAAAAUCCACACUUGCUGCCACCAGCAAAAAUACUUCCCAUCCUUUGGUGAACAAGGAAUAUUGUCAAAUAAUUGAUUCUGGCUUUAUUGUAAUGAAAGUAGAGUACCUGGUCCGAAUGUACCACCACAGGUGUUAAAUUCUUCUGUCUACAAUUGUCGUCAUCUUACGUUGUGUUUAGUUUCUUAUAAUGUACGUGGAUGUCAGUUCCUACAUUUUUAUCCCUUUUUAUCUAUUCAUCAAGAAAUCAUGACUGAAGCCAUAACAUUAUUCUUUGGUGGUGAAAACAUUGGGCUUAUGGUACAUAUUUUUAUUGUAUAUGCUUGCUUAUUGUUAGCUAUCACUUUGUAACUGUGUUUCUCUACACUAUAUGUAUGUAUAGAUACACUUAGAGUAUAUGAAUGUAUAUAUACACUUAUAAAUACAUAUACACACUUAGAGCAUUUUCUUUAACACAUUUUAGUAUCAAUAUUGCUUGGAAGGUCUUACUAGACUAGCAAAUUGUCAAUCAAAUAUUAACAAAUUAGGAUCCAGUCUUUCUCUGGUAGACCUUGCUAUAUAUGCUAAAAUAAUUGUUUUUGAAGGUCUUAAUUUCUUUUUUUGUAAAGUUUUUUUUUUUUUUUUCCACUUUAGAUUGCUGUGGAGGCAGAAGUUGGGGAUUACUUGAUUUAGAACAGAUUUUUGUCCAUGUGAUACAUAAGGCUCUAACAGUAAGUCUAAGGGUAGGAGUGGGAAGGACUUACUUCUAAUACCAAGACAGUUAAGGUUUGAUGAGAAGAGUGGACAGGACACCACCUGAGAACGGGAGGCCUGGGGGAGGUUCCUCUGAUUGAAGUGUUCUCAUUUGUGAAUGAAUCGACAAGGUAAAUGAGAUCAUUUAAAAAUAUUCUUUAAGAAGCAGAAUUCUUGAGUAAGUCUCCCUAGAAAUUGAAUCUAGUGCUAAUAUUAAAGACAUAGGAAGGGAGACACUGUGGGCCCGGCCAGGUUUGGUCCCUGGUGGGCUAGAGAACAGUUUAAGUCCUGGAUGAGAAUACUGAGAGUGUGAAGUUAAUAAACCUAUUAAAGUUCAUUUAUUUGUAAGUUUGAGAUUCUGUGGAUUAUUUAAAAAUAAAUUUUACUGUAAUUCCUCUUUUGACAUGUUACUUUUCCAUAUCAAGAAAUACAUUAUGUAAAUGCAGUGAUAAACUGUGGACCCUGACCUUCAAGGAUGAAUCGGCUCUGAAAAAGCUCUCCAACCAGUAAUGCGUUUGUCCCACAUUUCAUCCUAAUGGAGAAUGAUGAACACCAUAGCACCAAACAAAUCUGAGGGGUUAGAUAAUGUCUGGAUUACAUAAUUUAAGACUCUCUGGGAUUUGGGUUGUCAUUUUUGACUUAUAACUGACCUUUAGUCAGUUUCUAUUGCCUCAUUGGUCACAUUUCCUAGACAGGUUUGUGUGUGUUCCUCUGAUAUGAAUCCCUGUUUGUGAAACAACUUUGACGGUUGCCGCUCACUCUCCUUCAGUCAUUUUCUGGGUUUAUCCUCCCUCUCCCUUCGUUCUACUGUGUCUACCACUAUUAAGCAGUUGUUUUGUAGUUUUUCUUUGGUUUCUUUAAAUAUAUUUUGACAGCAGUUGGUUGAUGUUAAGCUGUUAAAUCUUGUGAUUUCCGUAUAGAUACACUUGUAACUGUUUCCAUUUUUUGAUCAUAGAUUCCAGCUUCUUUUUUAUUUACUACAAAUCAUUAAAGUUACUUGUGUUUCUGUG